GAGUCAGGAUCCACUGCAAGAUCACCGACCAUGACUGAGGAAACAACCGGAGGGAUCCCCAGAGAGCGACACAGUGAUCCAAACAAAGUGGAUCCCGAUGAAGAAGGUCCAGCCAGAGAGAAAUGGGCCAACAAGUUGGAGUUCUUGCUCUCCAUGACCGGAGAAAUCAUCGGCCUGGGAAAUGUUUGGCGCUUCCCUUAUUUGUGCUACAAGAACGGCGGAGGUGUCUUCCUCAUCCCUUACUUCAUCUUCCUCUUCUUCGGCGGCAUCCCCAUCUUCUUCCUGGAGACGGCGUUGGGCCAGUUCACCAGCGAGGGAGCCGUCACCGCCUGGAGGAAGAUAUGCCCAAUGUUUCAGGGUGUGGGGAUCGCCUCCCUCAUCAUCGUCAUCUACCUGAACAUCUACUACAUCGUGGUCCUGGCCUGGGCUCUCUUCUACCUCUUCAGCUCCUUCCAAAGCCCCCUGCCGUGGUCCACGUGUGAAAACUGGUGGAACACCGAUUUCUGUCACGGCCGUGCCGGCAUUUUCCACAACCCCCAUCUCUUCCACCCCGAUUCCAACUGGACCUUCAUGAGCAACAUCAGCGCGUACGACUACUUCGAGAACACCACGGACAUGAUACUCAAUGACACCUUCCUGAUGGUCAAGUCCCCCGAGGAGGAAUUCUGGACGAAUCGGGUGUUGAGGAUGUCGGACUCCAUGUCCCUGGGCAAGGUGCACUGGGACCUGGCGCUGUGCCUGCUGCUGGCCUGGGUCAUCUGCUACUUCUGCAUCUGGAAGGGGAUCAAAACCACAGGCAAGGUGGUCUACUUCACCGCCACCUUCCCUUACCUGAUGCUCCUCCUCCUCUUCUUCCGCGGGGUGACGCUGCCUGGCGCCGGGGAAGGCCUCAAAUUUUACCUCAUGCCCGACUUCCGCAGGCUGGCCGACCCUGACGUCUGGCUGGAUGCCGGGACUCAGGUCUUCUUCUCCUACGCCGUAUGCCAAGGAGUCCUGACGUCUCUGGGAAGCUACAACAAAUACAACAACAACUGUUACAGGGAUUGUGUGGCGCUGUGCUUUCUCAACAGCGCCACCAGCAUCUUUGCCGGCUUUGUGGUGUUCUCCGUGCUGGGCUUCAUGGCGCAGAGUCUGGGCGUGGCGGUCAUGGAUGUAGUUCAUAGCGGUCCGGGUCUGGCCUUCAUCGCUUACCCGAAAGCUCUUUCGAUGCUACCCGGCUCCACGUUUUGGACCGUGCUCUUCUUCCUCAUGAUCCUCCUCCUGGGUCUGGACACUCAGUUUGUAUGCGUGGAGAGCCUGGCAACGUCCAUCACCGACUUGUUCCCUCGUCAGCUGAGGAGGCGCGGCGCCAGGGAGAUUCUCGUUCUGGUUAUUGCAGUCGUGUGCUUCCUGCUGGGCCUUCCGCUCAUCACGGAGGGAGGAAUAGUGCUAUUUCAGUUGAUUGACAGCUACGGGCCCAGCGGAACCAGUUUACUCAUCAUCGCCUGUUUUGAGACCGUUAUCGUGUCCUGGGUUUACGGCGCCGACCGUUUCUAUGACAACAUCGAGGACAUGAUCGGGUACCGUCCGUUCCCGGUGCUGAAGUACUGCUGGUUGUUCAUUACACCGUUUCUCUGCGUGGUCACGAUGCUGUACGACUUGGCUAACACGCACUCGCUCAUGGUGUACGACUACCGCCCCGGGGCGUGGGCGUCCGCUUUGGCUUCGCUGCUGGUGCUCACGCCGCUCAUCUGCAUCCCGGCGUUUAUUCUCGUUACGCUGUGCAGGACUCCUCAGAACAUGACGGCGCCAUCAAGCGUGCUGCGCCAGGCUCGCCCGCACAAGCCGGUUCUCACGUUGGGUCGGCACGUCAUCUUCGGAGCUUCCACGCCGUCCGGCGGCAGGGACGAUAAAACAGCAAUGGAGGAGCCAAGCGGCGUUUGAUGGACAAGGACUAUGACAUCAUCAUCAUUUUUAUCGUCAAUCCCAUACAUCCAUUCGACAUCUUUUUUCUCAAAACGAUAACUUUAUGCUUCUCGAGACCAAUAUGGUAGCGAUAUCGUUUUUAUAUAUUACUUUUUAAAGUGUAUUUUUAACUGUAGUUGGGGCACACCAGGAGGUAAGAAGGAGUACAAAGAAGUUCACGACAUUACGACUAUCCAGCAAGGCCCAGCAAGGGUGCGCUGUAUUCGGGCGCACGCUCCGAGCAGCCGGUGGGACGCCAUAGACUUUAGUUUCAAACCGUGCUGAUAAGUUUUUUGUGUGCUCAGUUCUUGUUUUUCUAUUUGGCCGAUUGCGUUUCAUAGAACUAUGGUGCGUUCAAGGUCUGAAAUGUUGAAGCUUCAACAAAAAAAAAUCCAUUCAUUUUCGUUUAUCCGCGUCCGGGUCGCAGUAGUCCCAGUAGUCCCAGUAAGGAAUCCCAAACGCCUCUCCAGCGUGUCCUAGGUCUGCCCCCCCCGGGCUUUCUCCUGGCUGGGCAUGCCCAGACGCCACAGACUUUAGUUUCAAACCGUGCUGAUAAGGUUUUUGUGUGUUCAGUUCUUGUUUUUCUAUUUGGCCGAUUGCGUUUCAUAGAACUAUGGUGCGUUCAAGGUCUGAAAUGCUCAACUUCAACAAAGAAAAUCCAUUCAUCCAUUCAUUUUCGUUGAUCCGUGUCCGGGUCGCAGUCGCAGUAGUCCCAGUAAGGAAUCCCAAACGCCUCUCCAGCGUGUCCUAGGUCUGCCCCCCUCCCCCCGGGCUUUCUCCUGGCUGGGCAUGCCCAGACGCCACAGACUUUAGUUUCAAACCGUGCUGAUAAGUUUUUUGUGUGCUCAGUUCUUGUUUUUCGUCCCCCUCGUCUAUUUGGCCGAUUGCGUCUCAUAGAACUAUGGUGCGUUCAAGGUCUGAAAUGUUCAACUUCAACAAAGAAAAUCCAUUCAUUUUUGUUUAUCCGUGUCCGGGUCGCAGUCGCAGUAGUCCCAGUAAGGAAUCCCAAACGCCUCUCCAGUGUGUCCUAGGUCUGCCCCCCUGGGCUUUCUCCUGGCUGGGCAUGCCCAGAACACCUCACCAGGAGGUAAGAAGGAGUACAACAAAGUUCAUGAUAUUACGACUACAUCACGACUAUCAGGAGAAGCAGAAGGCGCCUGUUGUGGCCCGGCAGGGUGCGCUGUAUUCGGGCGCACGUUCCGAGCAGCCGGUGGGACGCCGCAGAAGUUCUGUGGCAAACUUUUAGUUUCAAACCGUGCUGAUAAGUUUUUUGUGUGCUCAGUUCUUGUUUUUCGUCCCCCCUCGUCUAUUUGGCCGAUUGCGUCUCAUAGAACUAUGGUGCGUUCAAGGCCUAAAAUGAAAAUCCAUCCAUUCAUUUUCGUUUAUCCGUGUCCGGGUCGCAGCGGCAGUCAUCCCAGACGCCUCUCCAGCGUGUCCUAGGUCUGCCCCCCGGGCUUUCUCCUGGCUGGGCAUGCCCAGAACACCUCACCAGGAGCAGGAGCUCUACUCUGAGCUCAUCCCCGGAAAAACCGAUGCGAUCAUUGGAUGAAUUUUCCGUAAUCUUGCCUUAUAGUACGUAUGUAUGUACGCUUCCAUGCGGCAUCAUACACGUCACUAUGUAUCAGACAUGCACGGUAUAAUGCGUAUAAACCACUAGCCGCAUGUCUGAACACACUUUAUAAAUCUCUAUCAUCACUUCCCAGGCAUAUGAUUGUUGCCGUAGCAACAAACACUGUGAGGCUGUCCUGCCGAGAUCGGUCAUGUGUGUGAUUCGAAGCGGCAUUCAAUUAACGGGCGAUUCCGGCCCCCUUUUUUUUUUUUUUUUGUACAGCAGAUAAACACACACACACACACACGGGUAGUGACCCCCGUUUUCGGAAAUCCAGCAGGGACGUCAGUUGGGAUGGAGGACAACAAAGCAGCCGCCGUGUGCUAGCAUGAAUGCUACU